GGGGCGGGCGCGGGCGGGGCCGCCUGCUGCGGGGCCGGGCCGUGCAUGGCGGAGGGCGCGGCGCUGCGGGCCGUGAGGGGCUGCCUGGCCGCCUUCCCGCGGGAGGCCCGCGAGCUGGGCUGGCCGGAGUCCGUACCCUAUCUUGAUAGGCCUCCGUCCCCGCUGGAGUUCUAUCGAGAGUGGGUGAGUCCGAAUAAACCCUGUGUAAUUCGCAAUGCCAUCAGCCACUGGCCGGCUCUGAAGAAAUGGACCUCAGCAUACCUCAGGGAGGUGGUAGGUCCCAAGGUGGUGAGUGUGGCAGUGACACCAAAUGGUUAUGCAGAUGCAGUGUUUCAGGACCGUUUUGUCAUGCCAGAGGAGCGCCAAAUGCCUUUCAUGGACUUUUUGGACAUUGUGGAGAAGAAAGUGACCUCUCCCAACGUAUUCUAUGUGCAGAAGCAGUGCUCAAACCUCACUGAGGAGUUCCCUGAACUUGUCUGUGAUGUGCAGCCUGACAUACCAUGGAUGAGUGAGGCACUGGGGAAGAAGCCUGAUGCUGUGAAUUUCUGGCUUGGGGAGUCAGCUGCUGUGACAUCUUUACAUAAGGAUCAUUAUGAGAACUUGUACUGUGUAGUAUCUGGAGAGAAAUAUUUUCUACUGCAUCCACCAAGUGACCGUCCCUUCAUCCCAUAUGAGCUCUAUCAGCCAGCAACCUACCACGUAUCAGAAGAUGGUUCAUUUAAAAUUGUGGAUGAGAAAACUGCAGAGAAGGUGCCCUGGAUCCCUCUGGACCCCUUGAAACCAGAUCUAGAACUGUAUCCAGAGUAUGCUCAGGCAAAACCUUUGCAGUGUACAGUGAAAGCUGGUGAGAUGUUAUAUCUGCCUUCUCUCUGGUUCCAUCAUGUUCAGCAAUCUCAUGGCUGUAUUGCAGUGAAUUAUUGGUAUGACAUGGAAUAUGACAUUAAGUACAGCUAUUAUCAACUACUAGAUUGUCUCACAAAAGCUGUGAAAAUGCUAUAGCAAAGGUGGGAGACUCGAGCCUGUGAUGUCUGUUUCUGAUGUGAUGCAAUCAUCAGCAUCUGUGACUGGAGUACAAAUGUGAUUCCCCCAAAAAGAUCUGAACAUUAAAUUAUGGUCAACAAUGCCUGCUGAACACAUCAUGGCUAUCUUUCUUGAUUUCAGAGUCCAGAGCAAUUGGCCGGAUUUUUUGGCUUAUAAGUAGAACUUUGAUUUUGAGGUCUUUGCAUGUUGCCUUGGUGAUGGUGAGAAAAAUAGAAUGUGAAUCGAGACAAUCCAGGUUUUGAAAAUCCCAAACCAGAAGCCCUGACUGUUCAGAUCUACAGAUUGUUUUCAUUACAACCCAAGUGGACAAGGAAGGAUCUGCUCUAUGCAUCAGGCUGCAACAGUCCAAUGUAUGCAUUCUGUUUAAGGCAAAAGUCUGUCCUGUUGUAAUUCUUUAAGUUCAGUGGCUGUGAUAUUUUGAUGGUGAGAAACUACAAUUUCUGCAAUAAAUAGGUCAGUUUAAAGCUUA